UUCUGGUCUUCCUGGUUCGCUCAGAUCACAUAAUUAAUACACAAUAUGGCAAGCCAUGGAUGUUCAUCCUUCCUUAUGGCUUCUUUUGUCCUGACUUGCAUGGUAGUUACUGCCUUUGCGGCCGGCAACUUCACGGAUGACUUUGAAAUAACUUGGGGUGGAGACCGCGCCAGAAUACGCAACGGUGCCCAGCUUCUGUCUCUUUCCCUUGACCAGACCUCCGGCUCUGGUUUCCGCUCUAAAAAAGAGUACCUUUUUGGAAGAAUCGACAUGCAACUCAAGCUUGUUCCUGGCAACUCAGCAGGAACUGUCACCGCUUAUUAUUUGACAUCGGAAGGACCAAAGCAUGAUGAGAUUGAUUUUGAGUUCUUGGGGAAUGUGAGUGGACAACCUUAUACAGUUCAUACCAAUGUGUUCAGCCAAGGCAAAGGCAACAGAGAACAACAGUUUCACCUUUGGUUUGACCCUACCAAGAAUUUUCAUACUUAUUCCAUCCAUUGGAAUCUCCAAAACAUCAUCUUCUUGGUGGACAACUACCCUAUAAGAGUGUUCAAGAAUAGAGAAGCAAUGGGAGUUCCAUACCCGACAAGCCAACCCAUGAGGAUUUACUCGAGCCUUUGGAACGCAGACGACUGGGCCACACAGGGUGGACGCGUGAAAACGAACUGGACUCACGCUCCCUUUACUGCGCUCUAUCGUAACUUCAAUGCAUGUCUCCCUUCUUCCUCAUCCUCUUCGUCGUGUUCAUCUGCUGUCUCCACAAACGCACUCUCUGAUUCGGACUCUGGAGCUCAGGAGCUCAAUGCAAUGGGCAGGAGGCGAUUAAGGUGGGUGCAAAGGUAUUAUAUGGUGUACAAUUAUUGUAGUGAUCUAAACCGCUUCCCUCAGGGCCUUCCUACAGAGUGCAAAAGCCAAUGAAGAUUCAUAAAUUUGUUUCUGCAGCAAGGUUGUAAUGGUUAAAUUGCACUUUUUUAUUGAUUUAUUUGUUGAGAUUUCAUUCCACUUA